UACCCACGCUUCACUCCAUAACUUCCCGAUUAGGAGCGUCGGAGACCCACCACCGCUAAUGGACGCUGCAACCGCCGCGACGGCGACCGCGGCGGCGGCGUUGGUCUGGUUCCGGAAGGGCCUGCGCGUGCACGACAACCCGGCGCUCGACGCGGCCCGGCGCAGCGCCGCGCGGGUCUACCCGGUGUUCGUGCUCGACCCGCGGUACCUCCGCCCGGACCCGGCCGCGCCCUCCCCGGGCUCCGCGCGCGCCGGGGUCGCGCGCGUCCGCUUCCUCCUCGAGAGCCUCCGCGACCUGGACGCCCGCCUCCGCCGCCUCGGCUCACGCCUCCUCGUCCUGCGCGCCCGCGACGACGUCUCGGACGCCGUCUGCGCAGCCCUCAAGGACUGGAACAUCGGCAAGCUGUGCUUCGAGUCCGACACCGAGCCGUACGCCCUGGCCCGCGACAAGAGAGUCACGGAUUUUGCUGCUGCGUCGGGGAUCGAGGUGUUCUCGCCUGUCAGCCACACCCUUUUUGACCCAGCAGAAAUCAUAGAGAAGAAUGGGGGCCGGCCACCGUUGACAUACCAAUCGUUUGUGGCCACCGCUGGAGAGCCGCCCAAGCCAGUGAUGGAGAAAUACUCUGAGCUGCCGCCAAUCGGCGAUACCGGAGGAUAUGAGUUAUUGCCUGUGCCCAAACUGGAGGAGCUUGGGUAUGGUGAUCUCAGCCAGGAGUACAUUCCUCCAUUCCGCGGUGGCGAGACAGAAGCUCUGAAGAGGAUGAGAGAGUCACUCCAGGAUAAGGAGUGGGUUGCCAAGUUUGAGAAACCUAAGGGUGACCCUUCUGCCUUCUUGAAACCAGCAACAACGGUCUUGUCACCGUAUCUGAAAUUCGGCUGCCUGUCGGCGAGGUACUUUUACCACUGCAUUCAAGAUGUCUACAGGAGUACCAAAACGCAUACAAAACCACCUGUUUCGUUGGCUGGCCAGUUGCUGUGGAGGGAUUUCUUCUACACAGUGUCUUUUGGCACUCCUAAUUUCCAUCAGAUGGAAGGGAACAAAAUAUGCAAACAGAUCCCAUGGAGAGAGAACGGGGAGCUGUUUGUUGCAUGGAGAGAUGGCCGGACAGGAUAUCCAUGGAUUGAUGCCAUCAUGAUUCAGCUGAGGAAGUGGGGUUGGAUGCAUCAUCUUGCACGCCACUCUGUUGCUUGUUUCCUGACGCGGGGUGAUCUGCGGGCCGGAAGGAAAUCACUUCAUGCAAGAAAAAAAAGAGUCUAUUUCACCUCUGAUUCCACUUUCUCGAAGAAAAAAAAGCCCAAUUCAAAGAUUAAGUUGUUUUGCUUUACCUCAAUUUGUCAACUUGUCUCUGACAUGAAGUACAUCCACUGGGAGCAAGGCCGUGACGUCUUCGAAAGGCUACUGAUAGAUUCGGACUGGGCCAUUAACAAUGGCAAUUGGCUAUGGCUCUCCUGUUCAUCAUUCUUCUACCAGUAUCAUAGAAUUUACUCCCCAAUCUCAUUCGGAAAGAAGUACGACCCCAACGGAGACUACAUCAGGCAUUUCAUCCCAGUGCUGAAAGACAUGCCCAAGGAGUACAUCUACGAGCCUUGGACUGCACCCCUGAGCGUGCAGGAGAAAGCCAGGUGCAUCGUCGGCAAAGACUACCCAAAACCAGUGGUUGACCAUGAAGCUGCAAGCAAAGAAUGCAGGAAGAGGAUGGAGGAAGCUUAUGCGUCUAAUCGCCUAGGCGGCAACCCUGUCAAAGGGAAUUCCUCGAAUUCAUCGCGAAGGAAGUUUUCUGAUGGUGGCCAAGAUGUCCCCGACUCAUCCAUGUCCAAGCAACCGAGGAAGAGAAGCUGACCCCAGAGCAGAAAAGUCUUAACAAGAAUUAUCUGACUUUUUUUUAGGGAACUGUAGUAUCUGACUUAAUUUAAUGGGUCUUCUCAACUCUUCAAUCCUGAGUCUAACUUGCUGCCUUAAUCCAUCUGAUAGUACGCUGAUGGUAGGACGGAAGGCAAGUAUUGUUGGUUGGUUGCUUGCUUGUACGGUAGUACCAAAACACAUAUAACAAAAGAAACACGUGAAGCCGGUUCCAAGAUCA